AUGGAUCCGUUAAGUGUUACAGCGUCGAUCAUUGGAAUCCUUGCUGCAGCAGGCAAGCUCUACGAGCUCCUCGAUUCGAUCAUCUCCACCACCAAAGAUGCCCCGCAAGUCCUGACUGCGCUUGCCCGUGAGACCCACGAGGUUGAGGCAGUGGUCCUCUCUCUCCAGAACGUUCUGAAGGACCUCUCGGUUACGCCACCUCAUCGAACUGCCUUAAUACAGCUGGAUCAGCUGAUAAUUACGCUGACAGAUUCUGUGCUGGCUGUUGAUGAGUUGAAAGACGCAAUCGCUCCGUUCAUCGCAGUCGGAGGGCAGAAGAUCCCAUUUAAAGUUCGAUUGAAAUGGACACGGGCGGAGGCUAGCUGUAUGAGAAUUGUUGAUCGAAUGCAGAUGCAGAAGACAUCAAUCUUACUAAUGCUCAACAUUCUCCAAUGCUCAUCAGAUUUGGAAGCCAGCCAGUCCCAGGCAUCGUUAGCACUGACGAUGGAGCAACUUGUACAGACUAACAGAGAAUUGUGCAGGCGCCUCAGAAAUCUCGAAGACAGGUUCGACGCAACAAGUGUUGUUACAGAGAAGUUUAGGGGUUCAAAUACCUUGCUGCAAGGAGACGAUGAAACAAUUAGAGCAGUCCAACCGUCAACCAGUAAACACGUAUCUAUCCUCGAGGCGGUAAAGAUACAUUUUGCAUUUGACGACGAUCUGCAAUCGUCACGUGUUUAUCAAAUGACAAGAAGUAGUGUUUGCGACCACUCCUUUGUUAGCUCGGCAGUUAGAACGAACGCUUGGUCAAUUUUCUCUGGACUGUCCUUGGCAGAUAUAUCCAUCAUCUCUGUAGUGGCGUUGCCACUCUAUUCUGGCGAUAUCAAUAACCACGAGCACUACUCUUUUGGGGACAUUGAACGAUCUCAAUCAAGAGAGACCACCGCUGUUCAGAAGAUUUGGUCAAACAGCCCGCCAUUGAUCGAGAUGCAAAAUCCGCUAUUAUCCAGUCCAUCUGAUCAACUUAUCACUGCAGGAACCAGUGAACAAGCACAACAAUUUGGAGAGCGAGAUAUAAGCGUAGAACCGCAACAGACGUCAAUCAUCGUGUCUCCUUUACCUUCCGCUCUACCAAGCACAGAACAUGCCAUUUCUUCGUUCCGAGACGAAAUUGAGCUCGCCCUGUCGCACUCGGAUUGGUUUCAUGGAAAUACUCCCAGGCGUAACGAUACACCUAUUUCUGCAAUAGUAACAGACAGGCGGAGCAAGGACAGUGGGAGUGAUCAUUCCUCCCUAGGGAAAACUUCCAGUCAUCGUGUUGAUGACAAUCUGGAAGAAGAUGACAGUCUGGAAGAAGACGACGUCGUUUACGACUGUAGGGGUUGUGGAGAGGUGCUUAAAGAAGGAAAAGCUUUUGAGCUAGCUGGACACCGUUACCACAUGAACUGCUUCCGAUGCAAUACAUGUGGCACCCUCCUCGACUCGGAUGCGAACCUACUGCUCCUUGGAGACGGCUCGCUGAUGUGCAACAACUGCACCUACAGCUGCAACCACUGCGGCAAUAAGAUUGAAGACCUAGCUAUCCUUACAGGAGACCAGGCCUUCUGUGUAAAUUGCUUUAUAUGCAGGAACUGCAAACGCAAAAUUGCAAACCUGCGUUAUGCACGCACCUCACAGGGCAUCUUCUGUAUGACCUGUCAUGAAUCGUUCAUGGCUCGGCGGCGCAAGAAAACGAAGAAACCACCAGUCCCAGCGGCGCCAAAAGAGGAAAAGUCCCUGCCCGCAUUGGCUGACCAGCCCCCGCAGCAUACCACCCUUACUCCUAAUAUAGGAAUACGAUCGGACAUAUACUUGGAACCUACAACGACAAAUGGUGUAGGAAGGGGAUAG